GUGUCGUGCGCGGAAGUUUAGUUUUUUUGGGAGCUGAAUAUGUGACGUCAGGUGCGGUUUCCUGACUUGCUGUUCGCUCGACAGUCCUCAAACGAAGACUUGAUGAGAUCUUCUUUAGUCCCUACACCAGCCCGCGAUAAUCGGAUUUGAUUUGAUUGGGUUUUUUCUCAAACUUUUGACACCACCUCCAAAAUAAAAUACUGGCGCAUAGUAGGCGUAAGUGUUCCUCCCAAACGAAACGAGUUUGCCAGCGCGCGGACUUGCCGACAGCGCGGCGCGACGGCUCUCGCCAUCCAUGGCGAGCCUGGACCCCGUCAACCCUGCCCACGCGGCCUUUGACCGCUUCGUCCAAGCGCAGGACUGUAAGGAUGUUCAGCGGCACUUUGAUGAGCUCUGUCAGCAGCUGGACAUCGAUCGGAAGGAUUUCCAGAGCUUCUGCAGCGAGCUGAAAGAGAGGCUCAACUACUGGCGGGCCAAAGCCUUGUGGACAAAGCUGGACAAGAGGGCCUCUCACCCGGACUACCAGCAAAGGAAAGCCUGCACCAAAAACAAGUGUCUGAUCCUGGGGGCCGGGCCGUGUGGGCUGAGGACAGCCAUUGAACUCUCCCUGCUGGGGGCUCGGGUGGUGGUGCUAGAGAAGCGAGAGACCUUCUCCAGGAACAAUGUCCUCCACCUGUGGCCCUUCACCAUUUGUGACCUUCGCGGCCUCGGCGCAAAGAAGUUCUACGGAAAAUUCUGCACCAGCUCGCUGGAUCACAUCAGCAUUCGUCAGCUGCAGUUAAUUCUUUUAAAGAUGUCUCUCCUCCUUGGGGUGGAGAUUCACACUGGAGUGGAGUUCCAGGGUCUGCUUGAGCCCUCAGGAGAGAAAGGUUGGACGGCUAAGGUGCUCCCCGAGACUCAUCCUGCUUCGGCCUACCAGUUUGAUGUUUUCAUCUCUGCCGGUGGAGGCAAGUUCGUCCCAGAGGGCUUCAAGCACAAGGAGCUGAGAGGCAAGCUAGCCAUCGGCAUCACGGCCAACUUCGUCAACAGGUGCACUGCGGCGGAAGCCCAAGUGGCAGAGAUCAGCGGUGUGGCCCGCAUCUACAACCAGAAGUUCUUCCAGGACCUUCUGACAGAGACCGGUAUUGAUUUGGAGAAUAUCGUAUAUUACAAAGACGACACCCACUACUUUGUCAUGACUGCCAAAAAGAUGAGCUUGCUGAAGAAGGGCGUCAUCAAACAGGACUUCAACGAAGCGGAGGAUUUGCUGGCAGCGGCCAACGUCGAUCAGGAGGCGCUGCGCCGCUACGCCCGUGACGCCGCCCACUUUUCCACGGGGGGCAAACUACCCGAGCUGCAGUUUGCCCAGAACCACGCCCGCCAGCCGGACGUCGCCGUCUUCGACUUCACCUGCAUGCAACGAGCCGAGAACGCCUCGCUAGUCAGGGAGCGGAGAGGCAAGAAGCUGUUGACAGCUCUCGUUGGCGAUUGCCUGGUGGAGCCAUUCUGGCCUCUGGGGACGGGAAUCGCUCGUGGAUUCCUGGCAGCUUUGGACACAGCGUGGAUGGUGAGGAGCUGGGGCCUGGGGGUGCCUCCCCUCAAGCUCCUGGCUGAGCGAGAAAGCAUCUACCAGGUCCUGUCGCAGACCACCCCAGAGAACACCGGCAAAAACUACGCCGCCUACAGCAUCGACCCCAAAACACGCUACCAGAGGGUCAACCUGGCCUCCAUCCAGAGCAGCCAGGUGCAGCACCUUUACAUCGUUGAUAAGUCAAAUCCGUCAAGCAAGAAACAGAAUAACAGACGGUCUUAUGCACGUCAAGAUUCCGGUGGUUCUGAGGAGUUGUUGAAAUGGUGCCAGAAACAUACAGCGGGUUACGACGAUGUGGAUGUGACAGAUUUCACCAAUUCCUGGAGGUCCGGGCUGGCUCUCUGCGCUUUGAUCCACCGCUUCAGACCUCGGCUAAUUGACAUGAGCUCCUUGAAUGCGUCGGCUUGCGUCCGCAAUCAGCAAUUGGCCUUCAGCGUCUUGGAGAAGGAGCUGGGCAUCCCGCCUGUCAUGUCUGCCGCUGACUUUGCCAACGGGGGGCAGAUAGACAGACUGUCCAUGGUCCUCUACCUCACGCAGAUAAAAAACACCUUCACUGUGCUGACGCCAGCUCCAGAGCCCAAAGGCUUCCUGACUUCAUCCCAGCCUCUUCCUCUCUCGCGGACGCGCUCGGCGAUCUUCUUCCUCAGCACGCUCAAGCGCAACUCUCUGCAAAGACGCAAGGAGAAAGUGGCAGCCGAAAAGGAGCAAACGAGUGAAAACGAGAGAAGGAUGAAAGAGGAGGACUGUGCGGUGCCCCUCAUCCCCUCUGAUCCCGAACCCCCGGCGGCCCAUCUCCAGCCCGAGCCCGCUUGCGUGUCGCAGGCCGACAGCGAGGCGUGCUACUUCUGCGGCGGCAAGGUCUACGUGCUGGAGCGCAUCAGCGCCGAGGGCAAGUUCUUCCAUCGCGGCUGUUUCGCCUGCCGUCGCUGUGGCGCCACGCUGCGACUCGGAGACUACGCCUUCCAUCGAGACACGGGGAGCUUUUACUGCGAACUUCACUCAGAAGAGCUGGAAGACACGGCUGCAAUAUCUUCUCUGAAGGACAGGAAAGGAAAUGAGGCCGGAAAGGCAGAGCCUUCCGGCGAGGCUUACGCGCCAUCCCCGUCCGAUGACGAGUACGAGCGCACGCUAGACUGCCUUCCUCCGCGAUCGCCGCCUUCUGCCGGACAACGCGACUGCAAAGAAGAACAUCCCUCUGAUGCUGAUGGGCGUGCACGUGUUGAGGGGAGUGACGGACAACCGCCGGCCUCCACCCGCCUCCCUCUCCCCAAGCCCCGCCUCUCUCGGCAGACCGCCCCCGAGCCCCGGCCCGUUCCUCUGGCCGUGAAGCCACGCGCGGUACAUCUUCUAAUCCCCUCGAGUCCAAAAAUCAGUCCACCUCCCGCUCCCGUGCGAGAGACACCCGAGGCCGCACCCGACUCGCGUCCCAAACAGCCGCUGCGCAAACUGAAGUUGACCGAUGAGGAGAAGACCCAGCUGGUAAAUCUUCUGACCUUCCCCGCCGACUCUGAUUCCGAGACCCCCGGCGGCUCUUCGUCCUGCUCCUCCUCAUCCGCGACGGCGCGAGGACUGAGUCCUCCCAAAGCGGAGGACGGACAAGAAGAGGAGGGCUACUGGAGCGGCGGAGCGGCCGGUCACGUCCGGGAAAAGAGGAACAGGCACUGCUUCCGUAGGAAGGAGAUGCCCGCUGGGCAGCCCAGACUACGAUCCAAGUUCUCCCCCUGGAAUCUUUCCUCGCCCAGGAUCAGCAGAGACGCACGACUCAGUGUUCAUCAGCCCGGGAGAGUGGAAACUACCUUCAGACACGUUCCCGGCGCCUCGGAAGAGUCCGUCGACGGAGACGAGGACGAUGACGACGAGACGUUCGAACAGGAAGACUUUGACUUAUUGGACGAGAAGUUUCAGACACUAGCGGCCAACCCGGCCGAGGCGGAGAAGUUGGAAGUGAUGAAGAUGAGGACGCUGGAGCGGCGAGCCAAGAUGAGCGAGUUACAGCGACUGCGCCAAGCUCAGUCAAUCCAGAGACGGCUCGAAGAGAUCGAGGUGACCUUCCGAGAUUUGGAGCAGAAAGGCGUCGUGCUCGAACGAACUCUACAAGGGGAAACUCAGAUGGAAAGCUCCCCCGACAUGAUCGAAUGCUGGAUCCAGCUCGUCCACGAGAAGAACGCCUUGGUCUCUGAGGAGUCGGACCUGAUGGUGGCGUCCCGACAGCUGGAGCUCGAAGACAAGCAGAGCGCGCUGGAAUUGGAGCUGAGGAAAUACGUGGACUUGAACGACCAGACACCAGAGCAGCAAGCGGAAGAGGAGCGCGUCCUGCAACAGAUGAUCGAGGUGGUGGACAUGCGGGACUCCCUGGUGUCCUUCCUGGAAGAGAAGAGGCUGAAAGAGCUCCAAGAGGAGCGAGAGGUCCUCUCGCUGAUGGAGGCCAAGCGGCGUUCCAAGGCUGGAGCUCAGGUUCAAUGGCAGUAAAAAAAACAACAACAACAAAAAAAAACAAUCAUUAAAAACAACCAAACAAAAAAAAUCUCUUUCGGGCACAUUCGCGCUUGAAACACAAAUGCAAAGCCAAAGAAGACUCAACAGCGAGGAGACGAACGAACCAGCUUCCAUCCACACCGGGGGGAGAUGCCAUGAUGAUGAUGAUGAUGAUGCACAAAGGGCAGAACGUCAUCGCACGGCGAAGGAGCUGACCUGGAUUUGGAUCGUAAACAGGCCAAGACAAAGCAGCGUGAAAUGACGGCUUUGCAGAUGAAGGAUGAUGAGAUGGAGGCUUUGAAAAGGUUCACAUUGUUUUUGCUUCUUCUUCUGUUGCACACUGACUGACUGAGAAAUAACACACAUGCUUUGUUUGCUACUUGGUAAAGUCAAUAAAACUUGCGGGAGGGUGGAACUAAAAGGCUUUUCAGUCAUUGGAUGGGAGGGAUUCUCUCAUCAUUUCAUUAUGUCGCCAUGACGUGGCCCUCAAUCCAGCUAUCGAGUGGCCACGAUCGAAACAAAAAAAAGAGAGAAAAAGCCUUAUUCAUUGUUGCUGUUAGUCUAAUAAAAAUUAUUAUUUUUUCCCAA